CGUAAAAAAAAAGCGUGCUGUUUCUUCUCAAGGGUUUCGUCAUCGUGGCACUAUCGCGAUUUGAGCCGAUAAAUCGGAAGAGCCUCCUCUUUAAAACACCUCACAUCGCUCUGAAGGACAUCGCUAACCAUUACUUCCGACAAAAGUAAUAGCAGUGAAGGACGUCUGCUUCUAUCAUCUGUUGUAGAUGAGAAAAGGUACGAUCCCAUGAUAGCCAUGAAUAUAACUGUCAAGAAACGUAACGCUAGGGAUAUCGGGGUUGGUUGUUGUACUUCGCAGGAGGACAUGCCGCUCAAGCAACGAAGGCUCAACCCGAAAUCCCCGAGUUCAUCGACCUCUUCAAUAUCAUCGGUGAAAGCCUUUCGAUUCAUGAUGAUUCCUCGAAUGAUAACUUCUUCCCAAGAGUCAUCUAUACCCGUCCUUAGUCCCUGUACAUACAUGUCCAUAGCCCUCAAGAACAAGAAGAUAAAAACUCGUGUCGAUUCCUUCAGCUUGGAACAAGCACUAUAUUUUGAACCCUACCAAGAAGCAGAGAUCCAUGUAGACCUUCUUAAGGCUCUUAGAGGAGCCGAUUUGGAGAAACUACGGACUCUGAAAGACGAGAAAGAGAAAAACUACGAUCUUGAUGCUAGGAAUCAGUUUGGGGAGAACCUGGUUCACUUAGCUUGCCGUAUGGCGCUCAGCUUAGAUGUGCUAAAGUUUCUAGUCGAAGAAACGAAGAUACCAGUGAACGUGAGAGAUCGUUUUGGAAGAACUCCUCUACAUAAUGCAUGCAUGUCAGCACUUCCGAACUUUGACAACAUUGAUUUUCUCAUAAAGACGGCGCCCAAACUUGCUGUCUUCGAGGACGAUAAAAAUAAAAUUCCUUUUGAGCUGAUACCUCAACGAGUCUUCGAGCGCUGGAUACGGUACUUCUCAGAGAUGAAUGUACUCAAGAAACUUACUACAGAGCUUGCAAAGCACGAAGGCCUUUCGAACAAGUGAUCUACGUGACUCGGUCUGGUUUGAAUGAAUGAUCAAUCCAAGUUUAUUUUGUCUUCAUCAACCUAUCAAGGUUUUACGAAAUAUACGAGAUGAGAAAAGUGCCAAUGGUAUGGACAAUAUUACCACUGUGCCCCCUCCAAAAGACCGAGGUAUUCAGCGAUGCAAUGUCACACGGCCCGCUAUCAUUGAUUGCGUCGAAUCGCGAUCCCAAACAUUUCACUCACCAUGAUUGAAGUGUGCAAGCGAUGUAAGACUAGCAUUGCACCAUCUGAACUGCAAGACACGAAAGCUAACGGCUCGAUCACUUAUAUUGUCUGAUCAACACCUUUAGCCGAUAGGGUUCACUUCAAAGAAACGGUGAACAAACCUCGCGUCUGCCGCAUUAAUAGCCAGCAAAUCUGGUAGAAUGCCCUCGAAGGCGGCUUACCGAUGCCUCUCAUAAUCUACAAUAUAAUAAAGAUUUUUGA